UUAACUUUGUGGCAAGUACAAUAAUUCACUCACUUCUUUGCCGCUCGUUCGUCAAGAUAUACUUCGUAUACAUCUUAGGUGCGCAAGUGAACCAUCGUAGUGAUUACAUGUCCUACCAUCGCUUUUUCAACUCUAUCCUGUACAUUUGUUUCGAAACGGUUCAAUGUUUCUUGCUCGCGUUAGGAUCGUCCGUAAUAGCACAAGAGGUAAUGGUGCCGAAUGCAAGCGAAACGAAACUCAGAUACUAACACCAAAGACGAUGUGUCGCUUCUAGGCUCGUAGACCCGGUACUACAAUGAACGUAUUUGUUAACGCUUGGCUAGACACACGCACGGAGCGCAGCAUCGAGCUGUUUACACUGGCCGUAUUGACCACCGAUGCCAGAAUCAAGAUCGGUGGUAUGUACGUACUAAAUAUGGCGUUCGUCUUCUCGGUAUGUAGCGACAGCGAAAAGUGGUGUAAUUUUUACAACCAAACAGACUUCAUUUUCAUUUCGUUCCAGCUGGCCACAACAGUAAACAUGUAUCUGAUCGUAUUGGUACAGUUCCAGCUGAAUAUCGAUUAGUUGCGCUACUUGCAUAGGCCCUUUCUGAAACUCUUAGUAAAUAAAGGAUUCUAAUUCCUAGUGCACCUAGUGCGAAUUGAUCCCUCCUAACUGCUCACAUUUGCCCCACCGAAUGUAUUGAUCCUCUAAGCAUACACCAAGAUACUCGCUUACUACUGUGCUACUCCUGAAACACAAGCAACUGAUAGUAAUUGACACUGGAACAACCUACAAAACGAACGGCAUUAAUCAUGCAAAACUCUUCACGUAUGAUGAGUUUUAUUAAUUAUCCGAGGUCCAUUUUCAAUCAACUUAAUCACUCUCGAACUCAAUGCGAUAGCGCUGCUGCCGACCGUGCCUCAACCACGCUCGGUAGGGCAUUAGUAUGGUGGUUCACAAUGUCGCACGAUGUCGCCAUUACGAAAGCGGUGCUGGUGCUUAUCAAGUGCUUUGGGCAGUUGUAUGGGAUUUUACCACUCUCGUCCAACGCGUUUACGUUCGAACGAUCGCGCCCAGUGCUCUGGUACAGUCGAACGAUCGCGCUGCUGCUGAUGGUGAUCUAUCCUUGCGCCUAUAUCGUACUGCUUACGGAUCACGAAUUUCCGAUCCUUGCGCUCAGCUACUAUAUCAUUAUGCUUCAGUUCACGCUCAACUACAUCAUCGUGGGUGUGCUGUAUCUGCACGUACUGUUCGAUCCUGCGCCACUGUUGCACGUGCUCAAUGAGCUGAUCGAACGGACGCGUGCUCUGCUCCGGCACAUCGACCCCCCGGCCGGAGAGUCCCCGGUGGGGCGUCGGCUUUUUUUCAAAACCGUCGCAAUUGAUUUGCUGCAAUCCUUCACGUGGUAUGGAACAUUUCUCUGGCUGCAGCGCAAGUUCGGUGCCACCUACAUACUCGCCUUUUGGUUAAAUUCGAUCGCCGUGAUGCAGAUUGUAGCCGCGCUUAACAUACUCCUAGCGACCCUUCUCUGGGGAGCGUUUCUCUAUCGGCUGAUCAACGAACGGGUACGAACCGUCAUCGGCAGUCUGCUGCAGCUGGAUGACACCGACCGACAGGUCCGAGACAGUGCCACCGGCCGCGAAAGGCGAUUCAUUUGCAACCACAUCUACUUGCAACUCACCAUUCUGCGCACUCAUCACAGUGCGCUUACCAAGUGUAUUCAAAACAUUGUCGAGUUCUACAACACGCCACUAGCACUAAUAAUGCUGUAUCAAUUUUUGAUUAUUAUUUCUGAGGUAAGCAGAAGCGCGCCUAUUUCCACUUCCGGUUUACUUAUUCAUCCUUCGGCUGUAAUUCGGCUAGCGAAUAAUUCAUUGCGGGGAAAUGCAACGCACACGACCAGUCACCCAAACGCACGCCUUCGGAACGGUUCACCAUGUUGUACGGAUACUUAACGCUGCUUGUACUACGCCUUCACUUCCACACCGCACAGUGCAUUGGAUUCGUACCGCUACAUUUCAAUAAACAAUUGCAAACAUUUCAAAUCAGCAGAUGGCUUACCGUAUGGUCACAUGCACUUGCUCUAACGCUGCUCUGUGUCUAUCCGUAUGUGUACGUUAUCCUGUUAACGGGUAUUCGCUAUCCAAAGCUUACACUCGUCAACUAUCUCGUGUGGAUGCAGUGUUCCCUUCACUAUGUGAAUCUUGCACUCAUUUAUUACCAUCUGCUGCCGGCCAGACCAGUGAUUCGUAACAUUUUUAACGGCUUCGUGCAACUCUUCCGCACCCUCAACGGUGCCGGCUGCCAUCGGUGGAAAGGGAAGAGCACGAAAAAGAACGUCCUCAAACUUGCGCUCAAAAUGACGCUUUGCGAUACGCUCUUGUGUGGGCUUUUUGUAUUAUAUUUUGGACAGUUUUUCAUACAAGACGGCGACAUUCAAUCACAAAUACUGUGGACGCUGAACAUAUUCUCGGUGUGGCAGAGUGCAAUCUUUACCAACUUGAUCGUAGUUACGCUGAUCAUUGGUGUACAUUUUUUGGAAAUUCUAAACCAUCGCUUAACGCUGUACAUUCGGCAAAUGCGUGCCCCUGCUUGCCAUCUGAAACAGCUGCGUCGCCAAAUAUCAACGUACGAAGCAUUAAAAUCCGUCCAACGGAAUCAUCACCUAGUCAGUAGCAAUGUCAAAUCGUUCAUCCAUCUGUUGAGGCUACCGAUGGCGUGCCUAUUGCUCGUUCAAUUUGCUUUAAUUGUAUCGGAAAUAUUCUACGCGUAUACGUCGAUCGUGCAGGACAUCAAAAAUGACGUCGAUGUGCCGCUGGGAACGUACAUGAGCUCUAUACUGUUUGCCGUGUUUGAAGCUGUCCAAUUUUACUACAUCGUAUCAGCCAGUUCUGAAAUUACCGAAGAGGCAGAAAAAACCGGCGUGCUGCUAAACGAGUUUCUACCAACCGAUCCAAACCCAAGAGUGGAACGAUGCAUUGAAUCGUUCGCUAUCGAACUGUUACACGAAGACUUCAAAAUCAAUAACUGUGGCAUGUAUGAUGUUGACUACACGUUGAUGUUUUCGAUGAUCGCGACGAUAACUAGCUACCUUAUCAUGUUGGUACAGUUCCAGCUGGCCGAGAUUUGAAGCGUUGCGCCAGUCCCACGGUUUCGGACAUGUUUCACCAACAAAAGCUUCGUGUGCGUUCUAUUAUUAUGUAGCCAAGUUCUUCUGUUCUGUUUAUUGCGCAGUUGCAAUUCACCAAUUGAGCUAUAAAUUGUGAUGAAAAUCAGAUCGUUAUUUCUAUUGAACGCUCUCGCGUGUAGCAUACCGUACAUAACUGCCAAUAAAACACGAUUUGUCUUACUAAUUGCUGAA